UUUUUUUUUUUUCUCUCGUCUUUGUUCGCUUUUUUAUGGGUCUUUUCCGUUCCACUCAUCAUACGACAAGUCCUUAUGAUGAAGAGGAGCCUUUACAAGGUCAUCAUGAAGUGUUAGAAUUAGAACCAACAUCAAGUACACUACGAAGAACUUCGUUUUCUUCAGAUACAUCUUCUAUUUUUGACGACAAUACUUUGAAUCAUGAUAAUGAAUCUAAACAACGCCAACGACAGAAACGAAGACGAAGAUAUCAACAACAACGUCUUCGACGUCAACAACAACAACAACAACCUGGAUAUCAACGUUUAGGUGGUCAACUUGUUGAUGCUUGGCAUUCUGUUACCACUGCUGCUGCCGCGGCUGCCGCUGCUCACCUUCAUCAUGAUCACGACGUUGGUCAUUUGACAGAAGACGAUACCGAACCAGCUCAAUAUCCUGAAGAUAAUAUUGAUAAUCGAUUCAAACGAUCCUUGUAUUUACUAUUGGAAGAACCUUCAAGUAGCCGUGCGGCGUUUUGUACAAAUGUAGUGGUCUCCUUUUUGAUUGUAUCAAGUGCAGUUAUGACAACGAUUGAAACCAUUCCUACUUUCCGAUCAGCUGAAAGUAAUCGCGUUUGGUUUCAUUUGGAAUCUACCAUGGUAGCUCUAUUUACUUUGGAAUAUAUUCUUCGGUUAUUUGCUCAUUCUGACUCUUUACAGAUGCUCAAGAGAUUCGUGAUUGCACCCAUCUCGAUUAUUGAUUUUAUAUCGAUUGUCCCUUUUUAUAUUGAAGUCAUUGCUCAACGUGAUACGACAUACGAGUUUCGAUUCACCAUCUUGCGACUAUUUCGACUUUUACGAUUAUUCAAGACAUACAAGUAUUCCAAUGCGAUUAUUAUGACAAUUGAAGUGAUGAUGGUUGCUCUUCGGAGAUCAGGUGAUGCGCUGUCUGCUCUCUUCUUCUUUUUGGUGACAUGUGUAGUAUUGUUUUCAACCUUACUUUACUUUGCGGAACGGGGCACUUGGGAUGAAACUCUGAAGACCUUUGUCGAUCCUGAAGGAAACCCUAGUGCAUUUGACAGUAUCCCUGCUGCCUUUUGGUUUGUUCUAGUGACCAUCACAACCACUGGCUAUGGUGACAUGGUGCCGACUACUUUCAUUGGAAAACUGGUGACAUUCCCUGCAAUGAUGUUUGGUGUGUUGCUGAUUGCAUUACCAUCCAUCAUUGUUGGAAGAAAUUUUACAAUUGUAUGGGAAUCUAUGAGACGGCGACAGUAUUUAGAACAACUUCAAGCACCUCAACCGGUCGACGGAUCUACAGAUCCAGAUACAGCAACUACACCUAUGCAUCCACCUUUGUCAGCAUAUCACCAUUCAACGACUAGGCGACCGUCGAUGGCAAUUGACGAUCCUUUAGGAACUACACUUACUUCGUUACGACCACGAUCAGGAAGUAUGAAUACAAACAACGGAACGGAUCAACCCUUCAAUAUAUUAGAUACAGGCGAUGAGGCGUUAUUCAACCAACUUCAUUCAUUAAUAACCAUUACUAGACAGAAUCAAGAAGAUAUACAAAGGAUACUUACUCUUUUGGAAUCUCGAUCAGCUACUACGGCUUUAUCUUCGACAAUGACUGCUAACGACGUUACUGGUCAUUCUCAACAGCUCAACGGUCUGGAUAAUGCAAGCAAUCAACCGACUGUGGCACCAACACGGACUUCUUUGGAUAGGAUCGCCGAAGAAUAGUUUUUUUUUUUUCGAUAUACAAUACACUUAUAUAUAUAUACAUGAUACAUAGUUUUUUUUUUUUUCUCUUUUUGCUCUAUUAUUUUUUCAUCGUCAUAUAUCUAUUACUACAUAUUGGUUUACUUUUAUAUAUAUAUAGAUAAACGUGUUUGUUUAUAAAUAAAUACACCUUAUUCAAUAA